GAUGGGCUCCACCCUCAACCUGGAAGCUCAGGGUUCUUUCACCUUCUUUCAGAUACACGGAAGAACACAACUCAGAGGAGACAACGGUGUGCAGCUGUUUCAGGAACUGAUACUGGACUCUCACGGAAGAAAUCAGAGCCGGGCCUCCACAGAAACAUCAGCUUUUGGAUCAGGAAUGCCUCAAAUCCAGCUUUAACUUCUUAAACGUCCAGGAAUCUUAAAGAAGCUGAUUUUAUACCUCAGCCAAACAUCAUGAAUAUCUCACUUGAAAACCCGUAUGGUGACGUCACCAUUCCCCGUGCCAAGCUGCGAGACGACUCCAGCACCAUCAUCAUGAACCCCAUGGCCUUAGAGAGCUCCUACAACCGCACUAAUGGCACGAACCCUUACGGCAGCUUCAAAACGCCAGGGUCCAACGUGCCGGUUUACGGGGAGACCAAAACCCCCCCUGCUUACAGCACUCAGGGGACGUACACGGUGAAGGAAGAUGAAGAACAGGUGGGACGAUGCUAUGCCUGUUGCUGUCGCUGCCGAAGGAAGAAAUGAGACCUGCCUUCCAGUGCAAAGGAUUAUGGGUUGUAAAGGAUUAUAAAAAUGCAAUAGAAAAUGGGACACACGGAGAUGGAUGAGCAAAUGUCUCCCAAACCCGGUUAAACUGUGUUGUUUUUUUCAUAAGCUACACAUAACACUGUGCUAAAAUGAAUGGAUUUUGUGAAGCAUCUAUGAAGCUAUAAUGAACUAUGAAAUGUCACCAAAAAGGGUUGACCUCUGCAUGGUGACUUAAAUAUG